CUCUGCUCAGCCUCCUUCAGCACCAAACCUCAGAGUUGUGAAGGAGCAGGUGAAUCACAGAGCAGAUUACUCUCACUUCAACUCUUCUCUUCUGUAUUGGACAAAACAUCUGGGCUGAUUUCAAUAAUCAUGUCUCUGGCAAAGGACUUGUUGUACCCCAGUCUUGCAGACGAGAGGAGGAAACACAAGAAGAAGAGGCUGGUGCAGAACCCCAACUCCUACUUCAUGGAUGUCAAAUGCAUAGGCUGCUACAGGAUCUCCACCAUCUUCAGCCAUGCCCACACAGUGGUGGCCUGCCCCGGCUGCUCUGUGAUCCUCUGCAGGCCACGAGGAGGGAAAUGCAGACUGACAGCAGGUUGUGCCUUCAGGAAGAAAUGUUCCUGAGAUGCAAUUUGCCAGGACAUCCACUAGGAGGCAGCAGAAGGGACCAUGAAAAGAGCUGAGCCACUCCGUGUGGCUUAAUAGAGACAUCACCUCUAUACUAUCUGCAACUUGUAAUUUCGGGGUAAUUUGACCCUCUUGUGGGUUUUAAUGACGACGCGAACAGAGGACCACGCUUGUACACUCCAUUAUGCUCAGUGAAAAAUGUGUGAAGGCAAUUAUAGCAUAGAAAACCUCAAAAUGCAAAAGGAGUCAAAUGAAUCAGAACUUCUGUAAAACAUUUAUUGAGGGCUGAACAUGGAGGGGGUGGUAAAUGAAACAAAAAGAAAAGGGCCUCAAAUCAAUUUUUUAGGCCCCCUCCUAGGCCUUGACAUAAGCUGAGACCAUCACAAAAAAAAAAUAAUAAUAAAAUAAAAUAAAAUAAAAUAAAACAUUUAAAGAUUUAAUUGUCUGUGUCAUGUGUUCUUUGGUCUUUGCAUUUCCCUUGGAAAAUAAAGAAGUGGCAUAAAAGCAAACAAAAAAAAUAUUCAGAGUAUUAUAACUUGUCACAUACCUAACAUUCUCCUACUAUAUACAAUAGUUAUCAAUGGUUGAUGAGACGUGACUGAGCUCCUGAUUUGGGGUAAAGCUCGCUCAAGUGUUCUGAUACGGUAGGAAAGGUAGUGCAGCCUUGCUCCGGCUCUCAUGAUACCCAAAUUAUAAAGAGGUUUGGCGCACUGUAGAUAUCCAAAAUGUCCUCAAGUUGGUCAGAGCUGCUCUGAAGUUCAGGACUCUGAUUAAUUGUAAAUAAGAUUAAAGUGAAGGAGCAGCUUGUGCCUUAAUAGUGUGUUUAUUACUGAAAACCUUUCCAUCAGCCAGGCGACCACGCAGAUUAAAACCCAAGCAGAUUUAGGAGGAUGCGGAUCAGACAGGCACAGAUUAGUAAAAUGUCUUAAAUUGCAUCCUUCUAAAAACAAACAUGUCAGCAACAAUCUGCCUGAGCAAUUCAACCUGUAGGACUUCCAUCAAAAACCCAUUUUCUCUGGGUGAAUUUAUCACAACUCUUUCUAAAUAAGUGGUCAAAAAUCUUUUUCUAAAGAAAUUCCUGCAAAUUCAAGUGGGAAUAAAAAUUAAGCAAUGAGAAAGAGGAGGGAAAAAA